GAAGAACGAAGCAUUAGGAAGACAUUGAAGAAGUGACAAAUAGUGACAUCGGCCUCUGUAAAUCAAGAAGAAAAUUACUGAAGAUUGAAGAGAAGUUGAAGAUUAGAAGAAAUAAAAAAACAACAUAAAAGGUAUGCCUUUGUUCAGUACAAACGUGAAUUUGUCCUCGGUAUAUUUUUGAAAGAAAUCUCAUUCUGGCUCGAACUCAAUUAUCUUUUGAAGAUCAGUUUAUACUUAUCAAACUUUGCCUUACUUAUGCAGGAUAGUGUUAGCGUUCAGCCGUGGUACAAAACAUCAUUGCAUAUGGAGGUGUUAGCGUGCCUGAUUUUGGAAUAAAAAAAAUGAAACUACAUCGUCCCUCACUCUUCAGUUCUCUGUCAUCAAAAAUAGGCCCGACUGCCAGUUGGCCUCUGCCAGUCUGCUGAAUUAAUACAGUACAGUACAGUACAGUACUAAAGUGCAGCCAGUUUCCAUUACUAAUAACAAUCGCGGAAGGCUUGUUGACAUGCACACGCAUCGAUUUGGCAUGCAGGUACUCAGAAAUUUUCUUUCAUUUUAUAGAAUGGAGAACAUCAAACGUAUCUUUGCGUUUUAUGCCAUGAUCGCAUUCCUUUUGGCAUACUUGACAAAUUUAAGCGGAGCAAGGCCAACCAAUUUGUCAGAAGAGAAUGUUGGAAAUGGCUUGCAAUCGAAUCUAAAUCUCAACAAACAAGAUGUGGCAGCCAUUUCAGAAGUUUGUCCACCUUGGAUUGCUCGUCUACCAGGGGGAUGCCGACGAUUGCUGAGGCUCAAGAGAUCCAUAUCAAAGCGUGAUUUUUGUCCGUCAUCUAAUCCACGAUGUCCACGAAAGAAAGGGUAAACAUAUUCUAAUAGUAAAAAAUGUUUUGUAUAUCACUGUAGAACGACUCUGACUCUUUAGAAUGUUCAUAAGAGCGGACUCUUAUACUUUUGCAUUCAGCAGUCAUUUCACCUCAUUGCAAGACUAUUUUUUGAACAUAUACCGACACCGUAAUUUAAAAUUUUCUACAUGAGAUAAUAUAUCAGACGUGUUUUUGCUACUCGUAAAAUAAAUGAAUAUAUAUCUGGUUAAAAUAAAUUAAUAUAUUUCUCUUGUAUGCAUGAAACAGGCUGUUUGGCAACCUUUUGGGGGUAAAAAACUACUUAUUAAAACUGCCGUUUAAUUAAGGUAUUUUUUAAAUUUUUAAUGGUUGAGGAUGAAGUUCUUUGUUCCAGUACUUAUAUUUUAACGUAUAUUUUCCGAAGUAGUAUAGCAGAAUAUAUGCCUAGCUUUUGUGAAAGCAACUUGAGGGCUGCUGAGCAGGCUAAUGAGGUGGUCGCGUACAUAUAAAAGAUAAAACUGUCAAAGCCGCUGUAACCGUCAUAUAAAAUUCAAUCUGUGUUCAUAUACGAAAUCUCACCUUACGCUAGGUGAGUACCAAGUGGGAUAAAAUUUUUCAUAUGUAGGCUUAAUUUAUCCCACCUGAAUCGGGCAGCCUAACCUGACCGAGAUGGUGGACAUUUUUUCGGCCGAUUUUGACAAAAGUAUUGUAUAGCAUUGGACGCGGGCAUGCACAGUUGGAAAAUAGACUACAGUAAGACCCCGCGUAUAAGGACCUAGAUUUUAAGAACCGAUUAAGCUAAAAUUGCUUAUUUAGACCCCCUUUAUACAAGAACCUGUUUAGGCUAAAAUUUCAAGCAGGUUCUUAUUUUAUUUUUAUCACUGUAACAGUUGAAACUAGAAGUGUCAAAGAAAAUAAACUCUUCACAAAGUAAUGUCAAAACAUAAUAAGCAACAUGUCUGUAUAUGAAGACAUGAAGUAAAUGUAUCUACAUGCACGUACCAACAGAAAACGAUUCGCUUUUUCUUUAGAAAAUCAGAACCUAUCAAGAACCUGUUUAGCCUAAUUUCGCGAUAAGCACCAUUUAUAUAAGAACCUGCUUAGGCUAACUCAGUGAAAAAUCUAGAUUCACUUGUACGCGGGGUCUUACUGUAUCGUAUUACAAGGUGCAGUUCGGUAUUACAACAAAAAAUAUUUCGAAGGCGCCUUGUUUAUACACAAUGUCAUCCCAUCGAGACGGGAUAUUACGGUGGGGUAAAGACAGUCAUAUGAACAGGCCAUCUCUCAGAGUAGCAAAACAUGUCUGGUCCAAUCUCACUGCACAUAUAUACUUAUGCAUGACUAAACAAAUUUUGUAUUACAUUUCCCAAUGACCGUACAAUUGUAAGUUAUUGACUAUUGUAAAUAACUGAUCGGCAAUUGUAAACAUACUAUUAUAUAAUACAUCGCGU